AUGGCACCAGCUCUUCCCAGCCCAGUCCGCGAUCCUUCCACCAUCCCGGGCUUCGAACUUACAACACAUAUCCUCCCCGCCGCUUACCCUCGCUGCUCUCCCGAUACACCUCUUCCUUGGGCAUCACCUCCGCCAAACGAGAGCCGUGAAGCUCGCAAGUUGCGCGUUACGCGCAUGACGAAGGAGGUCAUGGAUGCCAAAGAGAUGUACGAGAGGGGAUGUAGCGAAAAGGCGAACGUUGGGAGCGAAGACGUUCAUUGGACCGUUGUAAACCGCUAUGCACGUCGUACGACAGGAGGCGAGAAGUGGACCGGACGGAGAGGAGGUGUGACGCUGUUCUGUGUUCAUCCCUUGGGUCAACACAAGGAGACGUACGAACCGAUGCUUCGCCAUCUCCUCGAACGAGCCAAAUACAGCUUAUACCAUGUUGAGGAGAUCUGGAGCAUCGACUUCGCGCAGCACGGUGACUCGGGUCUACUCAAUGCAUCAAAGAUGGGGGUGAUCUACGACCACAUGGAUUCCGUACGCGACCUUGCAAACUUCUUCCUCCAUUACCUUCCAGAGGGUGGUACUGAAACAGGGAGCUUACCUACGCAUCUUGCUCGCGUGACACCCAAUGUGACACGUCGACGUGAGGAGGGUGGCCUUAGAAGGCGCGUCGUUGCCGUAGCGCAUUCGCAGGGCGCGGCCUACAUACCCCUUGUGGCGUAUCACUAUCCAGGCUUGAUUAGCGGGAUGUUCAUGGUCGAUCCUGUCUUGUACGCACCGGACGCGGACAAGACAGCACGGCGCUCAGCGUUCACGAAGAACCUCAUAUCGCAGAGAGAUAGGUGGCCGAGCAGGGAAGCAGCUUACGAUGCCUUGAAGAAGUCAGCAUGGGGUGCAUGGGAUGACGAAGUCCUACGCGUCUACGUCGAGCAUGCGCUCACCGAGAAUCAUCUCGGAGGUGUGACAUUGAAGUGCCCGGCAUUCCUGGGAGCGGCCUUGCACGAGAACCUGAUCUCGAGGGAGGCGUGGAUGGCUAUACCGGCAUUAGAGCCGAGCCUGCCAAUGCACUGGGUUCUACCUACUCCCGAAGAGAGCUUCAUACCAGAGUCGUUGGUCGAAGGUCCGUGGAGACGGCCGCGCGGUGCUGCAUCUAGUUGUUCGAUCGUCGCUGGCGGUGGGCAUCUGAUCGUACAGACGAAGCCUCAGGAAGUGGCUAGGGAGCUGCAUGGGUUCCUCAACGCGCUAUACCCUUCGAAACAUCGGGCGCGGCUGUGA